GCAUAAUUACAAAGGAUUUUAGAGAGAUGGAAAGAAGUGUAGGUAUUAUGAAUUGUUGGUAUAAUACUUAGUUUUUGAAUUAGUGAAAUGAUGGAUUUGUUGAAGGAAGUGAGUUUAUUUAUCUGACAAUAAUAUUUUUGAACUUAUCAAUCAGGAGAUUUAUAUAAAGAGACUUUUGGAAAUCUAAUUGUUUAGGUCGAGAUGAUAGGUUCCACAUCUAACGAUAAAAAUGUGGAUACAGAAAAUUUUAGUGGUUUUAUAUAAAACUGUUUAUAAAUGAAACUAUUUCAACGAUUAUAGAUACAUUUAUGGUAUGAUAUAUAUUAUAAUGAACUCAUCUUUAAUAAAGGAGCGUAAAAUGGGGGAAUCUAAAUAAAAAUAUUCAAAAAACAUAAGCUAGAAAAUUGA